CCCCCCCCCCGGGUCUACAGAGCCACUUUACAGCCCUCAAUAACCAUUGCAUUUGAUGAAAGAACCCGUUUGACGAGUUUGCAUGACUGGGUGACGCCAGGCGCCCUCAUUACACAUCAGACUACUAGCUACUAGGCUGUGUACUUCUCUUCCAGGACAGCUAAACAACCACUGCUUUGUUUUUAUCCUACGCCUGUUGUCAGUAUGGCUCAGCUGAUAAUAUCGCUUUGCGUGUUGGUGUCUAUUUGUCUCGCCUCGGUUUUGACCAAAGACAGCUCCGUUCAGUUUGCGUCCGACAGUCUUAGUACCUCCACGGUUCGCUCGGUGUGUAAGCCCAUCCCCAGCACACUUUCUCUGUGCCACGGCGUCGGUUACCGGGAGAUGCGGCUUCCCAACCUGCUGGGGCACGACUCGUUGAAAGAAGCCCAGCAACAGUCGGCCGCGUGGCUACCGUUGGUCUCCAAACUCUGCCACCGGGAUACCAGGAAGUUCUUGUGCUCGCUCUUCGCCCCGGUGUGCUUACCGGAGGGGGCCGUGCGCCCCUGCCGUGGGCUGUGCGAGGCUGUGAGGGACGGUUGUCUUCCGGUGAUGAGCGCGUUCGGGUUCCCGUGGCCCAACAUGUUCAACUGCACCCGGUUCCCGCGCGAGACCCAUCUCUGCAUUCCCACCACGACCCUAGUCACAGAGCGUGCAUGGAAGGAAGAGGGACACGAGGAGGCAUCAAAGGGAACAGCGAUCUGUGGUGCAUGCAGUCUGGCUGCUGAGGGAGAGAUAGACAACCAGAACACCUUCUGCAAGAGUCCAUAUGCCUUUAAACUGCGUAUUGGAAGUGUUUCUGUAGUGCAGGGUGACCGCAGGUUAGUCCCUCUGGCCCGGAGUCGCAUCCUGAGGUGGGAGGGUGGAGGCGCAGAGAAGGCCGAGGGCGUCGGGGGGGCCAUGGCCUACAGUGCCCUUUGGUUGCAGGAGGGGGGUACCUGCACCUGUCCUGCCCUGGAGGAGGCAGAUGUGGGGGAGGGGAAGGAGUCCCUGGCUGGGGUGUGGUACCUGGGCCUUGCUGACACACAGGAGGGCAGGCUGGUCCUCACUAGGCUGGUGAGGUGGAGGAGGAGCGACAAAGAACUCAAGAAGUUCGUCAGGAGACUGCUCAAACAACCCUGCUGAUAAUGUCAUCAUACAAACAUAGAGAGACUUUCCAAUUUGGCGAAUUGUAUGAGAGGACACCACAGCCCUGUUACAUUUCAGCCUCUAGGCCUAGACAAUAUCUCUUUCAUAUCCCUUUCAUAUCCCUUUCAUAUCCCUUUCAUAUCCCUUUCAUAUCCCUUCCAUAUCCCUUUCAUAUCCCUUUCAUAUCUCUUCCAUAUCCCUUUCAUAUCUCUUCCAUAUCCCUUUCAUAUCUCUUCCAUAUCCCUUUCAUAUCUCUUCCAUAUCCCUUUCAUAUUCAUGUCACCUAGCUCUGGAGAAGUGAUGCCUUCAUCACAUUGCUGUCAACUAUCUAUCCAGUCCAUUCAGAUCUAUGAAGACCUGUGGGGAAGGGGCUAGGCAGUAGAGAGACCACCAGAGGUCCAGUGUCUGUGUGUUUGGAUCCAUGUUCUGGACACCUGUCACAUGUGAGACAUUUAGAAAAAUGUAAAUUAUGUACAGUGUUGUAUUACAUUCUGAAUAUAAAAAAUCCAUGUUUUUUUAAAUCAAAUGUGAGGACAUGAUUUAUGAUUUGUGUAAGCCGAGUCAGAUGACACAAUUACCAGUGAGGCACAGAGCAUCAUUAGUUCCAUUCAAAGCAGAGUAUUGUCUGAUAGUAACAUCAGAGACUGCUGUGUAACAGUGUCUAAUAAAUGUUAUAUUGAACCAUAAA